AUGUUCAGUUCCCACAAGGGACUGAAAAGAAAAACUCCGUGUCCGGGAAUUAAUCGUGAGGAAUUUAUAGAACACCUGGUGGAGGAAUACUACACCACUACUAAUGUAGAAGCACAAGAACAGGUUACCGCUAAUCUUGCCAAUUUCGCUUAUGAUCCCAUCAACUGGGAGUAUUUGAAAAAGAAGGAAGCAAUUCAAGUGUUCCUAGAGCUGUUGGCGACCAGCAACGAAACACUAAAGUUGCAUGGAAUCGCUGGAUUGUGUAACAUCUGUUUGGACGAUAUGAAUUUAUUGAGGAGCCAGCUAAGUAAUAUGGCUAUUAAAAGAUGCCUUAAUUCAACGCCAACAGCACAGCAAAGACAACUAAAAUUGGUUAAGACGUUUACUCAGGAUGAUCUUGACAAGUUUUCGCAGCUAACCGGCGAUCCUAAUCCAAUCCAUAGCACUAGUUUACCAGCUGAAACCCGUAUGGUGCAUGGAGCCUUUCUAAACGCAGUUGUUGCUGGUCUCAUUGGUACUCACUUUCCGCCAGGAACAAUUGUUUUGGAACAGAAUUUUAAAUUUCCCAAACCAUGUCGAAUAAAUAUCGAAUGUGAAUUUCUAAUAGAAACACGAAACGAACGUAAAAUUUCCACAAUUACUUAUGAAUGUAGACAAGAGAAUAACAUUGUAUUUCAGGGACUAGCUAAGCUACUGAUUUCCAAUAAUAAAUUAACAAAAUAAAAUUUA